CUGGCAAGGACACUCACUUCUGGGACCAGUGCCUCUCCAGGGUUUCCUGACAUGUCUGAAGGACAGUCACCCAUUCAUGUGAAUAAUGUGCGGAACAAAUUGAGGGAUAUAGUGGGAGCAUCUACCAACUGGAGGUACAGUGUGCACUACAUGUAUUUUACUUCAUUUGUGAAACCAAGGUGGAGCUCAGGAUUGUGGUAGUGGAAGUUGCCAAAAGUUAGUUUGCUGUCAGGGGAAGAAAAAGAUCCCAUUAAAAGGUAAUUGAGACAAAGCUUCUGAAUUGGUACCUUUGUGGAUCACGAACUUCUAAGAUUUCUCUGGCAGUGACAAAAUACCUGAUCUUGGUGCUUAUGAGAUUGUCCCACUAACUUUAAAUCCAGUGGGAGUUACAAGCCGUAGAGUCUGGCUGUCAAUGCUGUGUUGCUGUUACCUCUUGAGUUAUCUCUAGGUGGAUUGCCAGCAUGGUGGAUUUAUCCUGCACUGGAUGCAGAGGCAGCUGAGCUUGUUCACUGUGUAGCAGGCUGUGUUCCAAAUGGCACCCAUAUCAUCCAUGUCUUCAGAAAAUUGUCAGUUUGGGAUUAGGGUCUCCUUAAUCAGGAAUAUUUUGAGCAUUUCCUUUGUCUGCUGUAACGUAAUUUUUGAUUAAUUUACAUAUGCUUUAAAUAACUGCUGUUUUGGCUUUAUUCAAGUUACUUUCCCUCCCCCCCAUUGUACUGAAUAACCCUCUGCUGUUGCAGUCUGGAAAAGUAAAUGUAGCAAGCAGUCUGGAGGAAUACACAUUGCAAUUUGGUUGGUCCCCUGUUUUUUGUUAAUUUUGGCUGUGUUUGCUGAGCUCUUUUCUCCCACUUUGUGCAGUGAUAGGGAAAUGAAGAGAGGCUUGCCAGGAUGAAGUCUCUGAUGUGUCCAAGCCUUCUGACUCAGUUUAUCUAAACACAACCUUAGGCAUUCUAACAAAAAUGCCUGAAUCUGGGAAGCUGAUUUUUGCUUAGUUAGAGUAGUAACUAAGUAUGAGAGGGUUUGAACUUUUCAUCAAGUCAGCUAGAAAGGGCUCUAGAAAUUGUUUAUGAAAAAGCUUUUCCCAUAUCUCAGAGUGGCUGAGCAGGAAUGAUGCCAUAUGGAAAUACCAUUUGAAAACUGAGGUUUUAGAGGAUUCUGGUCAAAUCUGAUCUUCCAUCUGUUUUUCCCCCCACUGCUCCCAUCCUGGAGGGAGGGCAGACUGGGGCCAGGAUCACCAUAGCAGUGUUUUUCUUGGACAGGUACUUCUCUCUGUACAAAAUACAGCAGAAAUAGUUUGCAGAGUAAUGAAUCCUUUAGCUACCAUGAAGAAGUGAAGCCACCGAGACCACAGAUGGGAGCGCUUGAGAGUGACGGGUUUAAUACAGAGAGGUUUAGUGGACAUGGAUUGUGUAGCCUUUGAGAGCCCACUUUAAAAACAGAGUGACAAGGAGUUGAUACAUGUGGAGACUGAAGAGCUGGGGAUUUAACUGAGUUAGGCCCCAGAACAUCUAAAGAGGACACAUCUGAGGAACAGCUUGAUAGGGGUCCUGAAAAGGGAGCUAGGGAAAGACUGAUGUACAUAUAUCUGUAAUGCUGGGAGAGAGGAAGAAUGCAUGUUGGAGGAACAUCUUUAACUAUUGAUUUUGCUAACAGGAGACCUGGUUUGUGAUUUCUCCUGUAAAGGCCAGUGGCAUUUUGUAUUCAUUGUUAAAAGGAAAUAUCUUCUUUAUGUGUUAAUUCUGGUUUUAUACUUAAAUUGUAGUUAAAACUAUCAAUCUGUUCAUUGUUAAAUAUAGUUUAGAUGGAGUUGUGGCCAUUUCAGAAAUAUAUAAACAUCCCUUAAUAUGUUUAUGGCAGGUGCUAGUUAAUAUUUAGAUGAAUUGUUGUUACUGUGUGGCUGGUACUGCAGUGUGUAACAGUAUUUGUCUGUUGAAAAAUGUUACUGCAUUGAGCCUAAUCUACAUAUUGAAGAGCACAUUCUCAAGUGGAAGUCAAGAAGAAUUCUGCUGCUGACCUCAGAGGAGCCAGGAUGGAGCUGGUGAAAAUAGAAUAUAGUUACAUUUUUAUUGUUAGGUUUCUUUAUGUUUGUAGACAAAUUUCUGAUUUACUUUCUGAUUAAUUUAUUUUAAGCCUUUCACUGAAAGAACUUGGAAAAAGCUUCUCCAAAAAGCGUGAAGAUGCAUCAUCUUGGGCCUUGCAUCUUUCUUUAGUCAACCAGUAAUAUUCCAUUGCUAUGCAGUGGCAUAACUUUAAACAUUAACCCUCUGCACGAGGUUGUUAUCCUUCUGUUUCCUCUGAACUCCAUAGUAAUCAUGUUGCCCAGAUGAGGUAAACCACAUCUUGUGUUUAAAACAAAUAAACAAAUGGAACUAACUGAAGUUUUCUGCUUGACUUUCACUCUCUUUGAUCUUGGAUUAUUUGUAUUUCCCUGAAACUUAUUAAACAGAAAAGGGGGAAUAUAAAUAUGUUGAAGCUUGACUUUCUGAAAUAAUACUCAAGCCAAGUAAGCCUUCAUAUUAAGUGGCUAAUGCCCAGAAUUCAUCCAAAGUCAAAACUCAAGACAAAAUUUCUUUUUGGUGAAAAGGUUUUCUGUUGUUUUCUUUAUUUAUUUUCUUUUUUUUUUUUUUUAAUUAAUUUUGUUAAACACAGUGUCACUGAACUCUCAGCAAUGCAGCAAGCACAAGAGAAGGAAUGGCACGCAUCCAGAAAUUUACCAUUAAGGAUCAUGUACAAGCAAUGCAAGAAAGAAAAGCUCUUCAUACUUUACUGGCAAAACAGCAGGAAGAUCUCCCUCCUAGGAGAAUGAAGGAUAGCUAUUUGGAAGUUAUUCUACCUUUAGGAAGCCAGCCUGAAAUAAGAGAAAAGUACCUGAAUGUACACAACAGUGUAAGGUUUGGAAGGAUACUUGAAGAUCUUGACAGUUUAGGAGUUCUUAUUUGCUACACUCACACCAAGCAGGAAAUGCAGCAAAGGUCACCUUUAUCCAUAGUUACAGCUCUGGUGGAUAAAAUCAAUUUGUGCCAGAAGAUUAUACAUCCAGAUUGUGACAUCAAAUUCACAGGCAAUGUUUCUUGGGUUGGGAAGACCUCCAUGGAAGUGAAGAUGCACAUGCUGCAGCUACAUGAUGGUGAUUACAGCCCUGUGUUAGAUGCAACCUUUGUCAUGGUGGCCCGGGACCCAGAGAAUAAACGGCCAGCAUUUGUUAAUCCACUCAUUCCUGAGAGCCCUGAGGAGGAAGAAAUCUUCAAGCAAGGGGAAUUGAACAAGUUGAAGAGAAUUGAAUUCAGCACUGCUUCCUUACUGAAAAUGGCUCCCACUGCAGAAGAAAGAAACAUUGUGCAUGACAUAUUCCUUAAUACACUGGACACAAGGACAGUGAGUUUCCAGAGUCGUAAAUUACCACCCAAUUCAGUGUGGAUGGAAGAUGCAAAGCUAAAAGGCCUGCAGAUUUGCCAUCCUGAGGAACGGAACAUCUUCAAUAGGAUCUUUGGGGGUUUUCUCAUGAGGAAGGCAUUUGAACUAGGAUGGGCAACUGCUUGCAGCUAUGGGGGUUCCAGACCCUUUAUUGUAUCUGUUGAUGAUAUCAUGUUUCAGAAGCCAGUUGAAGUUGGAUCUUUACUGCUGCUUUCUGGGCAGGUCUGUUACACAGAAAAAAAAUACAUCCAGAUUCGAGUACACAGUGAAGUUUACAAUGCAAAUACCAGGGAGCACCAUACUACCAAUAUUUUCCAUUUUACAUUUAUAUCAGAAAAUGAGGUCCCACAAGUUGUACCUAAGACAUAUGGAGAGUCCAUGUUGUAUUUAGAUGGGAAGCGACACUUUACUGCAGUCAUGAAGGAAAUCUGACAGGCACUGGGUGCUGCAGCAGCAGUGCAGCAGCAUGCUGUCUUGGCAAGAGCUGUCACCAGAGGUGGCUAACAGACAGGUGCUUGUAGUACUCAAAGAAAAACCCAACAACUACCCAAAACCAAACCAACCAAACCCAAACUCCACACCAAAACCUGCCUUUUCAGUACUCUUCAUGUAUUUGCAUAUAUUUGGAUUUUUAAAAAUUCUUUACUACUAGAAUUUGUUGAAAUCUUUUACAUGCCAAUGCUAGGAAAAGAGGCUGGAAAAAAUGUAGUCUUAGGCUUUGGAUAGACUCUCUUUGUCUACUUUGAGAGAUCUCAUUAUAACCUUUGCUGUCUUGUCACCAUCUGCUGCCUUUCCCUUAGAAGCUCUCCUUUGUGUUUCCCUGAUAAGGGAUAGAAGUUCUGUCAGAAAAAGGUGUGCAAUAAGUAGAUAUACACAGGUGAAACAAUUUGACCUACAUUCUUGUUUAAAAUAGCUUAAGGGUUAUAAUGCUUUUUUGAACAAGGAUGCAUGCAUCUAAGCAGCAGCAGAGGCUCAGAAGUUACUAGUGUGUGCACAAUGGGAGGCAGGUGUUUCCCAUCACCGGGGAUUUUACAAAGUUAUUGCAGCUUCUGUUUGGAUGGUUUCAUGUUCCCUUGGGAGGAAACUGAUUUUUGCAAUGAAGUGAGGUGGCUAGAUGGUAUUUUCUGGCACUCUGUUUGUUUCCUUGACAGCCUCUUCUAAUUUUUGUUUGUUUGUUUUAAUAUGUAACUGUGUGUUCCUUAGUGAAUUAUUUCUCAUGGCUUGAAGACUAGAGGUCUGAUUGGUGUGACUGGGUGGGACUGGGAAAUGUCAUUGUAGACCUGAACAUUUUGGUUUAUUAAGGACUGGGAGCAAAAAGGUAAAAUGCCAAAAUGGUAAUGGUGAUGUUUGGUGAUGCCAUUAGGGGUCCUGAGAAUCUGCGUUGAGCAACUCCCAGAUCAGCUGUUGAAUGAUGAGAGGAUCUUUAUCCCACUGAGGGGUGGUACAGCUAGAGGACUGUCUCCUCCUCAGCUGCAUUAUUUAUCUGUUCCCUUCGUGGACUGUAGUGCAGUACAAGUGUUGCAGAGCUAAAGGUUGUCAAGUUUACCUGUGAAGGACAGAGAAUUUCCCCAGCACAGAGGGGACACCAUGGUGAUCAUACUAUGGCAAAUAAAUAACAGGAACAGAGUACUUGAUACUGAAGUGUUUCCGAUGUAAUGGAAAAAGUUUUGAAUAAUCUCCAAUUUCUAGCACAUAAAGCUCAAGUUCUUGAAAUUGGGAAGCUGAGUGGAUGGGAGGCAUCAAUUUUAGCAGUGAGAAUGUCACAAGCAUGAAACUGAAUCUCUGGCUCCUUCACAUCUAGAUUGAUGUCUUAAUUGAUCAGGACACCCAAAGAGGAAUUGGGCUCAGGGCUUAAAUGGAUGAAAUGUGAUGUCCUACAAUACAUGAGAACAUAUUCUGGCUUCCCUGUGUGGUUUAAAAUCUUUGGAAAAGAGGAUGCAGCAAAUAGGAAUUAUGUCAAUCAGCACAGAUGCAUGAAGUUGAUAAGAUACAACAGCAUGUUGAGCUUUUAUUUCUGAGUAAGAAAGCCUGAGAGUCACAAUUUGGAGCAGUUUCCUUUGGUGCUGGGAUGGUGUGAAGUUCGUGACCCCUAGCAGCUCCUGUAAUUGAGCAUUGUAAUAAUCAGUGUGUUACACAUCAGCCUUGCCUUGUUAAGAUUCAGUGGCUGUAUUGGAUGAGUUAGAUGGAGGAAGCACAGGGGUGUGGCCUGAUCCAGAACAGAGUCCUGCAUUGCCUUGGUAGUUAGCUCUUGGUUCCUUCCAUAGAGUUUCUCUCUUCAGCCACACUCCAGUGCUGACCCAGCUCUUUGACAUUAAAAUCUUUUUCUUUUAUGGUUAUGAUGCUGUGGAGAUAAAUCGUAUUUUCCGGGUUUUUCCUUUUUAAAACUGACAUUAUUAGACUGAGCACACGAAAAACUGAAAUUGUAUCUCAAUCCCCCUUGUUGCGUGGAUCAAUAUUGUCUGUUUAAAAAUAAAUAGGAAGGCAGGAAGUGAAAGGAUCUAUUUCAGAACUGUGUUUUACUCCUGAGUACCUGCAGUUUUUUAUCCUUGACCCAGUGAUCCUACCCAGAUCACUUUUUUUAUAACGUAUGUAACUUAAGGGGAUACCAAAUUCAUUCUCUGCUGACUUUUCAGCUGCAUUUAAAGAUGAAUUUAUCAUCAUUUCUAAAAUCAGCCUUUGGGAAGGGGUUGGAGGGGAGAAGAAGAGGUUAUAGAAUAUGGAGGAAGGUGUGACAUCAGAACCUGUGGACUCAGUGAAGAAAAUGAAUGCCACAAAUGAAGAUGCGUAGAAUUGAUGUGUUCCCAAAGUUCAUGAUAACCUAAUCACAUACCACAAGGACAGUACUUACAGAAUGUAUGUACAGCCAUACAGAAUGUGUGUGUAUAUAUACACCUAUGUAAAAGAUACCUGCUUUUCUGUUUAUUGCUAUAUAUAUGUGCUCAUGUACUUUUUAUUCCAAGAUGGUAACUCCAAGCUGUCACCCUCUCUGGUAUCUUCGUUCAAGGUUAUGCAUGUUGCUUUGUGCCUUUAUGUGUAUGAGAGAAAAUUAUUCUCCUAUCUCACAUUUAGAAUUAAAAUAUUUCAACAUAGUAAUUCACGUGGGGUUUAUGUUGCAACUUAUAUCUGGCCUGUCACUGCUGUAGGUAACUAACCAUUACCACAGAAGCCUAAAAAAUUGCUAUAAAAUAUUUUUAUUUAUA